AUGGAUAACAAUGCUAGCAUUCACGGCGACUCAGGCAGUAAAGCGUAUCCAAUGUCCGCACGAUUUGAGGCAUUCUGUCCCUCGUUAAAAAUAAAAGUCUUUAAAGUUAGAUUCGCGGAUCGAGAAAAUUCUUCGUCCCAUUCAUUAGGUGAUAUUCAUGGUCAAUACUACGAUUUGAUGCGUCUGUUCGAGUGUGGCGGUUUCCCGCCGGAAUCAAAUUAUCUCUUUCUGGGUGAUUACGUAGAUCGUGGAAAGCAAUCGCUUGAAACAAUUUGCUUACUGUUAGCGUACAAAAUCAAGUAUCCAGAGAAUUUCUUCCUGUUGAGAGGAAAUCAGGAGUGUGCUAGCAUCAAUCGAAUUUAUGAAUUUUACGAUGAAUGCAAACGACGAUAUACUAUCAAGCUGUGUAAAACGUUCACGGAAUGCUUUAAUUGCUUACCCGUUGCAGCUAUUGUUGACGAGAAAAUCUUCUGCUGUCAUGGCGGAUUCAGUCCAGAUCUGACAUCGAUGGAACAAAUUCGACGCAUUAUGCGACCCACCGACGUACCAGAUCAAGGUUUAUUGUGCGAUUUACUUUGGUCGGAUAAGGAUACAAUGGGUUGGGGCGAAAAUGAUCGCGGUGUUAGUUUUACAUUUGCGUAGAGGUUGUUAGUAAGUUUUUGCGACGACACGACUUUGAUUUGAUAUGCAGAGCGCAUCAAGUCGUCGAAGAUGGUUACGAGUUCUUUGCGAAACGACAGUUGGUUACGUUGUUCUCUGCUCCGAACUAUUGUGGUGAAUUCGACAAUGCAGCUACG